ACAAAAGAGAUUCAGUGUCCGAGCUGUCCACCCUAUCAACCAGGACGGGGGAGACUGCCGCCAGGUAGAUCCAUCGUCCAACCAAAACAGGCCGGGGGCACCUUGUAAUAACCCCACAAUGCAAAGGGCAGUUUUUCCCGUAGUUCAGAUAAAUCCAGAUCUCACGUUAUAAAAGCCACACCUCUCCUAACAAACCCAGAAAAUUAAGUCACGUACAAAGUCCACUCGCUUGUGGUUUUCUGGCUGAAGCCAAAAACCUUGAACCAUCAAAUGAAGGAAGAGCCAGAGCCUAAUUAAGCUCGAUUCCUGGAGGCCCGCUUUUUCAACGCCGUCCCGUUCUCAGAAUCCCAGGUCCAAAAUCCAUCGCAGUUACGUGACUUCCUGCGCACGUAACUGCGGGUCGUACGUACAUGAGCAUGAAGUUCUUCUUGAUUUCAUGUUGCGGAGUCACGUUGACCGCGCGCGCGACGCGACCCGGUUCUUCUCCUUCUAUGUCGCCUUCCGCUCCCGGAAAGAAGAUAUCCCCCUCGCGCGGAGGAGUGUCGUCUUCGUCUCCCGCACGCGGAAACGCCCGCGGGAAAGUGUCGUCUUCAUCCCCCUCGCGCAGAGGGAUGUCGUCUACAUCUUCCCGGCGGCGGGGGCCUGCAGGGCACGGAUUUUCUAAUCCGCGCGUUGUUGCUGUCAGACAGACGAGGUCGGAACUUGGGUUGGCACCGACAGCACAGCGGCUGCCGCGGCGGAAGAGCGGGAGGCCGGUGGGGUCGGCGGCUUCGGCCUUGCCUUAUGCCGAGUGGACGCCGUCGCUGUGCACGAUCGCCGAGGACAACGUCGUUGUCGUGAGGAGAUCCGUUGGGGAUCGGACGCCCAGCAUUGAGCGAGCGGUUAACGGAAAGAGUGGUAGAGAAAUGUCGCGAGUUCAAAGCCGCAGCCACACCGAUGAUUACGGGCGAGCUUCAGUCACAGUUAUUCCGGCGUUUACUCCAACGCCGUUCUUGUUUUGAAGGGAAUGGACUUUUUGGCUAUUUUUUCAAUCGUUCAAUUAUGGUGCGAGGGAUAGGAAUUUACUUGUAUUGACAUUCAGUGAUAUUGGUGCUCUAAAUCGGGUUCGGGUCGAAACUGUGAAUACGAAGGAAGGAAGUUAGUGAAAUAAGAAAGUUUCUUAUACCUGCUUGCUCCAAAAAAAAAGGAAAAAAAAAAUAAACAAAGAAAUGUAAAGCCUCUUGUACCCUUACUCGAAUAGUGCAAUUUAAUAUAUAUAUUAAACUAUCAUUUAGUGUUCC